CUAUCGAUAAGCAACCCCCGCUAUCCUAGAAUUUUUUUUGGGAUGGGCAUCCCACUUUCUCGUGAUACCCCGCCAUACACAUACAUUGAGAGCCCAAUUCUCCUCAUAUACCCCCCUUGCCGCCCUACACUCACGCUCUCACCCAAACCAUCGACAAGGACGAGGAGGGAAAAGAAAAGAAACGGACAGAGAGAGAACAACGCAAUGACGAACGCCACGAUCCUCUGCUGCAACUGCGGCGCCCCCAUCGACGGCACGACGGCCGCCGGUGCGCUUUGCUACGACUGUAUCAAGUUGACCGUCGACAUCUCCCAGGGCGUACAACGCGAGGCCACCCUCAACUUCUGCCGAGACUGCGACCGCUGGCUGCUGCCCCCAAGCAGUUGGGUUGUCGCUGCUCCAGAGUCCCGCGAACUCCUCGCCCUCUGCCUCAAGAAACUUAAGGGCCUGAACAAGAUCCGCAUCAUCGACGCCUCUUUUGUUUGGACGGAACCCCACUCGAGGCGAGUGAAGGUCAAGAUCACCAUUCAAGACGAGGUGCAGACCGGCGUCCUACUGCAGCAGUCUUUUGAAGCCGUCUACAUUGUUGCCUACCAACAAUGCCCCGACUGCGCAAAGUCGUACACGGCCAACGUCUGGCGCGCCUCCGUUCAGGUCCGCCAAAAGGUCCUGCACAAAAGGACGUUCCUGUUCCUCGAGCAGUUGAUCAUGAAGCACGGUGCACACAGAGAUACACUGAACAUCAAGGAGGCUAAGGACGGUAUCGAUUUCUUCUUCUCGGCCAGGAAUCAAGCUGAAAAGUUCUGCGACUUUCUCAACUCUGUGGUGCCCUGCAAGGUCAAGAAGUCGCAGGAGCUUAUUUCACAGGACGUCCACACUUCCACAAAGUCUUACAAGUUCACCUUCUCAGUGGAAUUGAUCCCCAUAUGCCGUGACGACCUCGUGGCCAUGCCCAUCAAGCUGGCCAAGGCGUCCGGCAACAUAUCUCCCCUUGUCAUUUGCCACAAGAUCGGGACUUCAGUAUACCUCCUCGACCCCAACACCCUCCAGACUGCCGACGUCAGCGCACCCAUCUACUGGCGCGCGCCCUUCCACUCCCUCGCCGACGUCAAGCAGUUCGUCGAGUUCAUCGUCAUGGACAUCGAGCCGACCAACAUCACAAAAGGCAAAUGGCGCCUCGCCGAGGUGCAGGUCGCUCGGGCGUCCGACCUGGGCGUCAACGACAAGACGUAUUUUGCGAGGACACACCUGGGCAACCUGCUGCACGCGGGCGACUCUGUCCUAGGCUACAUGCUCACGGGCACCAACUUCAACAAUGAGGAGUUUGACGCCAUCGAAGAGUCGCACGCCUACGGCUCGACGAUACCGGACGUCAUGCUCGUCAAGAAGCACUACCCCAACAGGAGGAAGCACCGCAACCGCAACUGGAAGCUCAAGCGCAUGAACAAGGACGAGGGCGAGCUUCUGCCGAAACAGGCCGACCAGGACCGUAUGAACGAGGACUAUGAGCAGUUCCUCCGUGACGUCGAGGAGGAUGAGGAGCUCCGCGCAACGAUGGCGCUCUACAAGGCCCAACAGCCCACAAAGGUCGACCCCGAUGCCAUGAGCAUCGCCGAGACAGAAGACGAAGGCGUGCCGCGGGUGGACAUGGAUGAGCUUCUGGACGACAUGGACGAGCUCCAGAUCAAGGAGUAAGUGGAUUCCAUUGUCUCUGAACAGAGGCUCAUGUGGGAUGGUUUAUGGGGAGCAUGAUGUGUCCACCAGGGUGGUCGUCAAGGUUAAGUGGCCGUCUACGAGGAGGACGUUGUCUCUCGGUGAUUUUUUUUUCUUUCUAGGCCCAGUAAAAGAGAGCCAGGGUAUGUCUUCUUUUCACAAAACAGGAUAGGACGGUUCAGGGAUGGCAAUGGCGUGUAUGCAUCAGAUACCUUCACGCUCUCGACAGGACUCGACGCAAGCAAGAAAGGGCGUUGCCUUUUGUGUCAAGUUGGGAGGAAACAAUCAUACUCAGAUCACCACACGGCUCAUGCGUGCCCACUCUGUUGAUGUCUUUACGAGUCGGUCUCCCGUUUAGCCGCCAUCACCAUCGCCGCCGUCGCCGCCUAUCAUCAUCGGCCAUGUGGUAUUUCAACCAACCCAUGUGUGUCGGUCGGCGAUGUCGCGGAAACUCUAUUCAGACUGCUUAUUCAUGUCCCG